AGUCGCCGGACUCGGGAGUAAGGUCUGUGAAAGAUCACACGUGCACUGUAGGUGCUGGUGCCAUGGCCUCUGCGAUGUUCCCGGAUGAGGAGCUGCAAGAUCGCGGCCGUGACCAAGGCUUCACGGAGGUCAUCAACCAGCAGAUGCGCAUCCCCGACAGGCUGAGGGUGGGGCCCGGACCCUUAGGGGAAGAGGAGAGGGAACGGCGAGACGAGCCACCCCUCGCCUACAGCAUGCACGUACCUGACAGGCUGUCCCUGAUAGAGGCUCCAGAUCUGAGCCCCCGGCCCAUGUUUUCAGCCCCUUCCAAGCACAGCGCCUCUGCUCACAUGGGGGCGGCGUGGGACGCUCACUCUGGAGGCUGGGACAAGCACCCAAACCCCCGAGACUCACCUCAGAGUUCUCUUCGCAGGUCUUUCAGUGACCAAGCCUUCUGUAGGACCCCACCCACAACUCCUACUCUCCCUAAACAGACCCUGCAUGCCCCCUCUCUCAAGAGUGCUGGACGACCCUCUCAACACCUUGACCGCCCACCCACGUCCCUUGGACCCCCCACCAUCCAACCCAGCCUUCUGUCCCCAAAGAGCAUGCUCCAAGCCGCCAAGGCUUUGGGGCAACAGGCCUCCCAGCAGCUCCUCCAGACUGUCACUCAAAAAUAUGGUUCCAGGUUCAGCUGUCCCGAGCACCCUCCCGGUGUCACGGCCGAGCAGCCUGUUCACACAGACCACAGCAAGAGAAGUGCCAUGCAGGAGUCCUGGCUCAGCAACGAGGAGGAAAGCGGAGGGGACGUUGAGAUCAUCGUGUUGCGGAGACAGGUGGUGAAGAUGAGCCGGCGCCUGGCGGCCCUGGAGAGGCAGAACCUGGAGCACCGGCAGACAGAGAUGGUGCUCUUCUCGCUGCUGGUGUCCGCCUGCCUGCUCAACGGCUGGCUGUGGCUGCGCAGAUAGCUCCCCCUGCAGGCCCCGCCUGCGCAAACGCUCCAUCCACGCUGGGAUUGCUGUGCCUCACGGCGGCAGCACACAGUCUCAGUCAUGUUAGCAGUGCACUUAAUCACAAACGUUAUGGUCUAAUGAAAGGGUAGAAAUCGUGUGGGGUAGGAAUGGUGUGUGUUCACUGUGUUGUUGCUUGAGGCUGGAUCAUUGGACAGGACCAUAACUUGGGGGGGGGGGUGUAUUGAGGGUUUUGACACAUUGUGAAGACAUGCUUUGUAUGUAGUGCACUAACCACUUUGUCCACAGGUUGAACAGACCUUAGAGUGGAUAUACACUCGACAGUUGGUUUAUAAUGAUGGUUGGGUCUCACAAUUGGAAAUGGACUCUG